CUCGCGGCGGGCCACAUGGCCAUGUCUGACCCUCCCCCAAUCAGACACCGAAACAACCCAAACAUCAGCCCAGACGAGAUCGACUUCCAGUACGCCGACCCCAUGUCCUCCAGCGGCUCCAACUUCCCCUGCAAAGGCCACCUCAACGCCCUCUCCAGCCCAGCAGGCAACCCCGUCGCAGUCUGGAACGCGGGGGGACAAUACUCCCUCACCAUCACGGGCGGCGCCCCCCACAGCGGCGGUUCCUGCCAAGCAUCCCUCUCCUACGACGGCGGGCGGACAUUCAAGGCCAUCCACAGCUGGAUAGGCGGCUGUCCCGGCCUGGAAGGCGACAGCAACUGGUCCUUCACCGUCCCGCACGACGCGCCGUCGGCCGACAACGUCGUCUUUGCCUGGACGUGGUUCAACAAAGUCGGGAACAGAGAGAUGUACAUGAACUGUGCUGUGGUGAGCAUUGCUGGCGGCCUCGGUACACGGGGUGGAGGACAAGGACUCCUCCCUUCCCGACCGGACAUGUUCGUUGCGAACGUCGGUAACGGGUGUACUACCGUCGACUCGCGAGAUGUCAUGUUUCCGAAUCCCGGACCGGAUGCGAACAUUGCGAGUCCUGAUGCCGUACCUCCUAUCGGUCUUGGCUGCGAUGUAGGACUCGGAGCCGGGCAUGAUUCGAGUCACGGGAAUCACGAGCUCGAGUGGGAUGAGGAGAGUCAUGAGAACCAGCAGGUUCCGGGGGGCAACGAAUAUCAAGACAGGCACAAAGAAGAGACUGGCAAUGAUGGCGUGGCAUGGAAAGGUGGGUAUGCGCCUGGAAAUGACUGGCCUGUUUGGUAU